GAACGUUUGAUUUAACCGGAGAAUAAGACAUUGUCUGGAAAAAAGAAAAUGUUAUAUUCUCAACAGUGUUAAUUGUAAUCGUUAAAAAUUAAUAUGUAAUUAAUAUUGUUGGUUAUUUUACUUUUUUCCACGGCUUUUUUAUUAUAUGUUUUCUUCAAUUGUAGCUACUAGCAGAGAAACAGAUUAUAUUUAUAAAAGUGUAUUUACUAUAAACGUUGUUUAGUUUUUUGUUAAAACUAGAAAUCUUUUGCGAAAAUUAUAUGUAUAUUAUUUUAUCUAACCACUCUUCCUCCAAGACCACAAAGUUUUAUUAAUCAUGAACACUGCUCCUGAUCCAAAAGAUGUGCAGGAAUUUCUGUUCAAACAGGCAAAUGUAUCACAAAUAUGUGAUAGUUUCACAUCCAUUCCAUUAGCUUGCAACCUUGUUACUAUAGACAAGAAAAGAGGAUUACUUUUUAUAGCAAAUAAUAAUAAAUUGACUAUUUUAAUAUCAGGAAGCGAGAUCAAUAUAGAACGCAAAAUAGAAGUCAAUUUACCUUUUAUUAUAUCUAAGAUAUCAUUUAACUGUGAUUAUUCAUACCUUGCCGUUACACCAUCGGUAUCUAAAGUAUUCAUUUACGAUGCAAAUGCUUUUAUAAAACAUGAAGUAAUAUUAUUACACGAAGUUCAAUUAUCUAUAUCAAAUGCAGAAACUUUUGUUUUGGAUUUACGAUGGAAUCCUACUAUGCCCAAAAUGUUCUGUACUGUAACAACUGAUCAUACUAUUGGCAAUUUUGAAAUAAAAGAUGGAAAGGAAAAUGCAAUUGGAUUAAAAGCAUUAGAGAAGUUAAAUGGAAUUGAAGCCUUAUGUUUGGCAUGGAGUCCCAAGGGAAAGCAAUUAGUUGUAGGAUGUAAAAAUGGAAAUAUUGUCCAACUUAAGCCAGACUUAAAAAUUGCUAGAACUAUCUUAGGACCUAAUCCAUACGUUGGCGAAGUUAUAUCUAUCUUAUGGAUUAGUAAUUAUCAAUUUUGUGCAGCUUAUUUAAGCGAUGAACAACAUAUUAAUGUUCUUAUUAUUGAUGCUCCUAAAGGGGAAGCUAAUGGAAUUUUUACAUUAUACGAAGAUAUAACGUAUGGAAUGUUCGAGGUAGAAGGAAAUAAAGAUACACCGCGUUAUUAUUUUGAUUGCAUACAAGAGUGGGGUCUCAUCAUUGCUGCAAGUAGUGGGAGUAGUGAAGUAGCUGUUUUAGGAUCAAUAGAUGGUGGUAGUACUUGGAAUCAAUGGCAACUGAUUGAUAGUGGAAGAGCACAAUUACCACUUAUCAGAACGACAGAAAGUUAUCCAGUUGGUUUUGCCAUAGAUAGAACACCGACACAAAAAUUAGCAUGGGGAACAGAUUCGACUCUUCCACAUCCUGUUCCUAUACUUCAUAUUUUAGGAACUUCUGGUCAGUUAUGUAGUUUUCACAUGGUUAAUUUAACUCCCAAUUGUCCUGCCAUUACUUCGCCACCUACUGAGACUGUAACUUUUCCAUCUUCUCCAAACACGAUACUUUCUAAUGUAUCAUUAAGUAAUGUAAUAACCAGUACACCUUAUUCAAAAGAAAAUCGAAACGUUGGAUUAUCCGAUCGUUCUAAAACUGUAACGACAAAUAUUUUUGGAGAUUCAUUGAAAGCUGCUGGAUUUUUACAACCUCAACAACCUGCGCAACCACAACAACCUGCACAACCACAACAACCUGCACAACCUCAACAAACUCCACAACCUCAACAACCUCCACAAACUGUGCCAAAUACUAUAGAGGAAAAAGUAUCAAUUCCUGCUAAAGUUGAUGUCAAAUUGGAUAUUCCUAAAAAAUCAAUUCCUCAAGAAAUUGAAAAAGUAGAUCCCAAACCUGUUGUAACUAAAGAAGUCCAUGCAAGUAAACCUGCUGAACAACAAAGAGUACAAAUUGAUGAUAGUAUUUAUGUACGUGCUUAUAUAGAAUUAUUUACUCUUUUUGAAAAAGAAUUAAAAAAUAGGAUAGAACCACAAGUAUUUGAGUGUGGAUCAGAGGAGGAACGACAACAGUUAGGAGAAAGAUCAGUUAUAGUAGAUCAAUUUCUAACAGAUUUACGAGAAACCACAAAUAGUCUAUCCGCCGAUAUUGCUUAUUUGAAGGCUUUACUUUUGCAAUCUUUUGCCUGGGUCGAAGAAGCUAGAUCAAAAAAUGCAGUAAAUUCAGAAGGUGGUACUACUAGAAAUUGUGAAAAUAGUAAAAUAGCAGAAACGCAAAAGCUUUUUCAUCAUACUCAAUCCCAACUUAUACAAGCAAACAAAAUUCUUGAUUUUGAAUGGUCGGAACAUAUGUAUCAAAAAAAAUCUAAAAUGAAAAUUCCCAGUUUGGAAUUUCUUUAUCAAAAUCUUGUAUUGCAUAAUAAAAUUAUUCUAAAGGAAAAGAACAGAAUAGAACAACUUAAUAAAAAGUUGAAGUCAGUAAAUCGUACAAAUAAAAUUUCUGGAUUAAAUCAGAUGAUGAGCAAUGUAAAAGUAUCGCCCAAAGGAACGCCAAAUCUUCAAGGAAAUACAGAUGUUAUUGAUGCACGGUGUAAAACUAUUGCUUUUAAGACGCUUAGUUUUUCAUAUGAAAAACAAUUGAAAUUAAAAAAUUUACUUCUAGAAUCAUCGCCAAAACUUAUAAAACCUGCAACUCCAUCUCCUAUUCAAGAUCGCUUAGAGGCUACUUUAUCUUCUUUGGCAUCUCUAAGUCCUGUAAGUACAGAUUCUAAAAACAGAACAGAACAGCCUCUAACCAAAUAUGAUUCAGAAAAGGAAGAUACCAUAGAAGGACUUAAACCGCAAUGUCCUUUGGCUUUAUUGAAUAAUGUUGUUGCCAAGAUUGGAUCACCUGAUACAAGUUCAAUGUUGAUACAAAGCAAAACAUCAGCCAAACAAAUUUCUAACGUUGCUUCUUUUCCUCCUUCAGCUGUUAACAAAUUUUUACAAGCUGACAAAAAAUAUCCUGAAAAUUUUGAGGCGCUGUCACAAUCUAUAGGCAAAAAUAAUGCUACUGCGGACGCAACAAUACAAAAAACUUACAGCAAUGUAUAUGCUAAAGCAUUAUCUAAAGAUACAGAGAUUAAAAAUAAUAAUCAAACAUUAUUAAAAAAUACCUUUGAAUCAAUGUCAUUUUCAAAUAGCUCAUUAACAAAUGCAUUACCAUUAGAAUUUUCAUCAGUCAAAAAUCAGCCCAUAUCACGAAAUAUUAUUGCUUCAAUGACAUCAGGUGUACCAUCAACAAUUGCUAAAACUGAUGCUAUGAAUACAUUUAGUUUUGCUAAUUCAAAUAUGUUGCCUGCAAUGGUAAAAAAUUCCUCUACUCCUACAUCUGCUUCUUAUUCCCCGGAAAUAUUUUCUUUUGUUUCGGAUACUAUAAAUUCCAUGUCACCGGCCAACCAACCACAAAAAGAGUUACUCAAUUUGAUGGGAAUAUUUUUAGAUCUCGAGAAAAAAGAUCAGACUGAAAUAACAUCUAUUGCAGAAAAUGUUUCAGUAAAUAAUAAGGGCAAUGCUACUAUUAAUUCACUCCCUUCAACUGAUACUAAUCCACCAGCAGUUUUUACAACUCAGGCUACAACUAAUAAUAAUAUAUUUGGAAAUCUUAUGUCAAAACCUAAUAUAGAAAAAACUUCUGAAGCUUCAAUCUCGUCUGUUCCUGGAACAAAUAGUACAAGUGAUAAAACUUCAUCUACAUUUGGAGCAAGUAAUACUCAAGUACAACAACCAUUAAAUACAUCAACAUUAUUUAGUGGACAACCGGCGACUUCUAAUGUAUCUAUUUUUGGAGGUAAUUCAUCUCCUAUUUCAACUGCAUCGACUUUUGGAAUAACUAAAACUACAUCAUCUGUAACACAAAUGUUUGGAACACAAACUACUCAAUCUUCUUCAAUUAAAUUUAGUGGAUUUUCUUCUACUCCUUCAAUAAUAUCUGACUUUAAUACAACUACUACAAAUGAAAGCACCACUUCGCCAUUUUAUGGCUUCUUAUCUAAACCAGUCUUUGGCCAAUCUAGUAGUACUGUACCAACAUCGAAUGUAGCUGCGGUAACUACUUCAUCUGCUGCAUUAACUUUUGGGAACACUACAACAGCGUCCUCGAUUGCAAAUUUGUCUCCUCAAAUUUUUGGAAAAGCUGCACAAACAACAGAGGCAAAUUCUCAAUCCUUCCCAACAACGUCUGUUACUUCAGUUACGAAUAUCUUUGAAAAAACAGCUAUAACAUCUAAUCCUACACCAUUUAACAGUCCUCCAAGUACGCCUGUAUUUGGUAGUAUAUCUACGACUCAAUCAACCACCUCAGUUUUUGGAGGAAAUCCUCCAACGACUCCAUCAACCACCUCAGUUUUUGGAGGAAAUGCUCCUCAACCAUCUACAACUCAAUCAACAACCUCAGUUUUUGGAGGGAAUUCUCCUCAACCAUCUACAACUCAAUCAACAACCCCAGUUUUUGGAGGGAAUCCUCCCACGAAUACAUCUAUAUUCGGUGGAAAUUCUUCUAUUACAUUUGGCUCGACUCCAGCUGGAUCAAUCUUUGGCAAUAAUGCCGCAAAACCAGCAGGUUCAAUAUUUGGAGGCGGAGGAGCAACAUCAGGUUCCAAUUCUUUAUUCGGUGUUAAUACAAAUACUGCAUCUUCAACGAGGGUUGCCAGUCAUUCUUCUGGAUCUUUAUUUGGAAGCUCACCAACAAUAGGAAAUGCUAAUACAGGAUCUUCCUCUUUAUUUGGAAGUUCUGCCAGUAAUAUUCCUACUACAGGGUCAACUUCUGUAUUUGGAAGUCCAAUAAAUGGUACACCAUCUGUAUUAGGAUCACAACCAGCUUUUGGUCAAGCACCUACUUUUGGUGCUAAACCUGUAUUUGGAUCAUCGCCAGUUUUUGAAGCACCUAAAUCAGUUUUCAGCUCAAUGGGAUUUGGAGGAACAGGAUUUGGUGCUACUUCGCCAGGAGGAUUUGGAAGUCCUCCUACUAUAGGUGGAAGUCCUUCGCCACUUGGAAAUACUAUGCCAAAUUUAUUUGGAAAUACAACAGGUAGCAGUACGUUUGAAUCUUUAGCUAAUCAAUCUGGUGGUUUAACUUUCGGUAGUUUAGCUCAGAAGACUCCAGAACCUGAAAAACCUGCAUUUUCUGGGGGAAGUUCAUUCUCUAAUUGGCGAUAAAAGUUAAAUGUAAAACAUAAUUACAUAGAGGCAAACAAAUGUAAAAAUGAAUUAUUUCUUGCAUAUAAUGUUUCUAUAAAAAUUAAUUGCAAAAAGACUAUAAUUAAAAACGAUUUAUUUACUGUUAAUUCAAUAAAAUAAUUAAUUUCCAUAAGCUAAUUUUAAUGUCACAACAUUUGUGGAAAAUAAAGAGAAACUAAAUAAAAUAAAAGAGAUAACAGAGAGAGAUAAAUUAGAUAUAUUAUAAGAAAUAAAAUAUUUCCAUGUAAAAUAUUUAUUGAUUACAUAAUAAAAUAUCA